AUGGGAAUGGGCACGGUGUUGGUGAACUGUGGUGGGGUCAUCCAGCUGGACUCUGGUCAAGUCCUGGCCACCACGAAGGUGUGCCUGUUCCGCUGCACCCUGCUGUCGUCCCUCCUCUUCCUCCUGGUCUGCAGCAUCCAUGAGACAGAGCAGAACAGCUACUGCCAGCAGAUCAUCACGGAGAAGCACCUGGCCGAGCUGGAGGAGCUGGCUGACACCCAGAUGCAGCACCCGGGCCAGGUCUCCUUCAAGUUCAUUAAUAAGAUGCAGUUGAAUGACUCGGUUUGCUACGUGAAAGCUGCUUUUCCUUUGCUGGGCAAGAUUCUGGAGCGGACAGAGUUCAAGGAGAACUCGUCCAACGCCAAGAAGAUGCAGAUGGUGCGCAGGAUGUACAGCCGCAUUGACGAGAACGUUGACCCCUGCAUCAGGGAGGAAGAUGACGAGGAAAGAAAGCUCUCGCAGAUGUGCUUCGAGGAGUUCACCACUUCCCCUUAUGAGAUGCUGGUGCUGGUGAAGCAGUUCUUCCAGGACAUCAACCAGCUGCUGCAGAAACAGGAGACCUUCGAGAAGGACUGCAGCCAGGUCUACCGCAGGACCUGCUUGGGACCCGAGGAGGCCAGAUCCUCACCAGGUGUGGGGACAGAUCCUGACUGCAAUUGCCUGUCCCCUGCCCUCCCUUCUGCCACCCAGCCCUCCCUCUCUGCUGCCACCCAUACCGUCAGGGAAGUGGCACCCGCUAGCACCCAGAUCCCUUAUGGCCGCCUCCAUGCCACCCUCACUGACUUAGACGCCCCGUCUCAGCCCCCCAGUAGCACGGACAGUGGCUCGGGGACUGAGGAGGUCUUGGGUGCCAGCGUAGGUGACACGGUGUUG